CUAUAUAUAUAUAUACACACACAUACACACAGCACUUUAGCUCUCUUCUUUUAAGUUAUACACAAUUCUUUCUCCAAAACUCUCUCUCUCUCUCUCUAUAUCUGUCUCUCUACCUAUUCGAUCCUAAUAAAAAACCCUAAAAUUCGCAAUCUUGAAAUUUCAAGAAAAUUAUCGUUCUCUUUCUUCAAAUUCCAUCGGAUUUCUAUUUGUACGAUCCGAUCAUUGUGAAUACUUCAACUCAAAACCCUACCCUUUUCAUCAUCUUUUCCUGUUUGUGCGAUCGAUUCUCGGGUUAUUAGGGGAAUUGAUCGGUUUCUACAAAGGCUUUGGAGCCGUGAAAUGCUUUUGAUUCAAAGAUGAAGUUGAAAAGAAGGAGAGCAUUGGAAGUGCCUCCAAAAAUUAGAUCAUUCAUCGACAGUGUCACUGCGGUUCCACUCGAGAAUGUAGAAGAACCCCUCAAAGGUUUUGUUUGGGAGUUUGAUAAGGGGGAUUUUCAUCACUGGGUGGAUCUUUUUAAUCAUUUUGACUCAUUUUUUGAGAAACACAUAAAAUUGAGGAAGGAUUUGCAGAUUGAAGAUGAUUUUCUGGACUCUGAUCCUCCCUUCCCAAGAGAAGCUGUAAUUCAAAUUCUCCGUGUUAUAAGAAUAAUUCUGGAGAAUUGUACAAAUAAGCACUUUUAUAGUUCUUAUGAGCAGCAUCUUUCAUUACUGCUUGCUUCCACCGAUCCGGAUGUCAUUGAGGCUUGCCUGCAGACCUUGGCUGCUUUUUUGAAGAAAACAAUUGGCAAGUACUCAAUUAGAGAUACUUCCCUGAAUUCAAAGUUAUUUGCUCUUGCACAAGGUUGGGGGGGAAAGGAAGAGGGACUUGGAUUAAUUGCAACUGCUGGACAGGAUAGUUGUGAUCCAAUUGCCUAUGAGUUGGGUUGCACACUGCAUUUUGAAUUCUAUGCUUCCAGUGAUUUGUCAUCUGAACAACCUGCUGCAGAGUAUUCGCCCCAAGGCUUACAAAUCAUCCAUUUACCUGACAUCAAUACUCGCCUAGAGACUGAUCUAGAGCUUUUGAGUAAUUUAGUUGCUGAAUACAAAGUACCCACCAGUUUAAGAUAUUCUUUAUUGACAAGAUUGCGGUUUGCAAGGGCAUUUGGCUCUUUAGCUUCUCGGCAGCAGUAUACCUGCAUUCGUCUGUAUGCCUUCAUAGUUCUUGUUCAAGCAAGCGGUGAUGCAGAUGACCUAGUUUCUUUCUUCAACUCUGAGCCUGAGUUUGUCAAUGAGCUGGUAUCUUUAUUGAGCUAUGAAGAUGCAGUUCCUGAGAAAAUUCGAAUUCUAUGUUUGCUUUCUUUGGUUGCUCUUUGUCAAGAUAGGUCUCGCCAGCCUUCUGUCUUGACUGCCGUCACAUCUGGUGGUCACCGUGGCAUUCUGUCCAGCCUCAUGCAGAAGGCCAUUGAUUCUGUCAUUAGUGAUGCCUCAAAAUGGUCAGUGGUUUUUGCUGAGGCUCUGUUAUCUCUUGUCACUGUUUUGGUCUCAUCAUCGUCAGGUUGCUCUGCCAUGCGUGAAGCAGGAUUCAUCCCUACACUUCUACCUCUCCUUAAAGAUACAAAUCCACAACACUUGCAUUUGGUAAGCACAGCUGUGCAUAUUCUAGAAGCAUUUUUGGAUUACAGUAAUCCAGCUGUUGCUUUGUUCAGAGACUUGGGUGGUUUAGAUGAUACCAUCUUUCGUUUGAAGGUGGAGGUGUCACAUAUAGAAAAUGGUUCAAGGCAACAAGGUGAAAGUUCUAACAGUGGUGGGAAGGGAAAGCAAGUUGUUGCAAGCACCUCCAGUGAGCUAGAUGACAUGCAGCCUCUAUAUUCGGAAGCAUUAGUUUCGCAUCACCGGCGAUUGCUGAUGAAAGCUUUACUGCGUGCUAUAUCCCUUGGAACUUAUGCCCCUGGAAAUACUGCACGUAUUUAUGGCUCUGAGGAGAGUUUGUUACCGUAUUGCUUAUGUGUAAUUUUUAGAAGGGCAAAAGAUUUUGGUGGUGGGGUGUUUUCACUUGCAGCUACUGUCAUGAGUGAUCUGAUUCACAAAGAUCCCACUUGUUUUCCUGUCUUGGAUGCAGCUGGUCUUCCUUCUGCCUUCUUGGAUGCUAUAAUGGAUGGUGUUCUCUGCUCUGCUGAAGCCAUAGCAUGCAUACCUCAAUGUUUGGAUGCUUUGUGCUUAAACACUAAUGGCCUUCAGGCUGUCAAAGACCGAAAUGCUUUGAAAUGCUUUGUCAGAAUAUUUACUUCAAGAACGUAUUUGCGUGCCCUUACCACUGAUACCUCCUUGUCUAGCGGACUAGAUGAACUAAUGCGCCAUGCUUCCUCAUUGCGUGGGCCUGGAGUGGAUAUGUUGAUUGAGAUCUUAAAUACCAUUUUGAGAAUUGGAUCUGGGAUUGAUGCUUCUUACUUGUCCACUGAUCCCUUGUGCUCUUCUACUCCUGUUCCCAUGGAAACUGAUGGUGAAGAGAGGAACCUGGUCCUCUCUGAUGAUAGGGAAGCAUUGAAGAUGGAAAAUUCAGAGCAGACCACUGAGCCAUCCGCUGAUUCCUCAAUAGUUAAUUUAGAGUCAUUCCUCCCUGAGUGCGUGGCCAAUACUGGUCGGCUUCUUGAAACAAUUCUUCAGAAUGCUGACACAUGUCGUAUAUUUGUAGAGAAGAAGGGCAUUGAAGCUGUUCUGCAGUUGUUUACUUUGCCUUUAAUGCCUCUUUCUGCAUCAGUUGGUCAGAGUAUCUCUGUUGCCUUUAAGAAUUUCUCGCCACAGCAUUCUGCUGCUCUUGCUCGGGCAGUAUGUUUAUUUCUGAGAGAGCAUCUGAAGUUAACGAAUGAACUCUUAGCUUCAGUCGGAGGCACUCAGCUUGCUGUGGUUGAAUCUGCGCUGCAAACAAAGGUUUUGAGAUAUCUUUCAAGUCUUGAAGGUAUUCUGGCUCUAUCUAAUUUCUUAUUGAAGGGGACUACUAGUGUGGUCUCGGAGCUUGGCACUGCAGAUGCGGAUGUAUUGAAAGAUCUUGGGAGCACAUACAGGGAAAUAAUCUGGCAGAUUUCUUUAUGUAAUGAUUCCAAAGUGGAUGAGAAGAAAAAUGCUGAUCAAGAACCUGAGAGUUCAGAGGCAGCCCCAUCUAAUGCUGCUGGUAGAGAAAGCGAUGAUGAUGCAAAUAUUCCAGUGGUGAGAUAUAUGAACCCUGUUUCUGUCAGGAAUGGUUCCCAGUCCUUGUGGGCUGGAGACCGGGAGUUUCUGUCUGUAGUUCGUUCUGGUGAAGGUUUGCACCGUCGUAGUCGACAUGGGUUGACACGCAUACGGGGAAGGACAGGUCGGCACUUGGAGGCUUUAAACAUUGAUAAUGAAGUUCCAUCUAAUGUACCGGAGACAUCUUCCCAGGAUUUGAAAAAGAAAAGUCCUGAUGUUCUUGCUUCAGAGAUUCUUAAUAAGCUGGCUUCUACAUUGCGCUCUUUCUUCACAGCUCUUGUCAAGGGAUUCACGUUACCAAACCGUCGUAGAGCUGACACAGGGUCAUUGAGUUCAGCUUCGAAGACCCUUGGAACUGGCCUAGCUAAAGUAUUUCUUGAUGCUCUUAGUUUCUCUGGGCAUUCUACUUCUGCUGUGCUCUCAGUAAAGUGUCGAUAUCUAGGAAAGGUAGUAGAGGACAUGGCAUCAUUAACAUUUGACAGCCGGCGACGUACUUGUUAUACUGCAAUGGUUAAUAAUUUUUAUGUUCAUGGUACCUUUAAGGAGCUACUGACAACAUUUGAAGCCACUAGUCAGUUGUUGUGGACACUACCAUACUCUAUCCCAACAUCAGGUAUUGAUCAUGAAAAGACAGGUGAAGGAAGUAAAUUGUCACACAAUACAUGGCUGCUUGAUACAUUGCAGAGCUAUUGCCGUGUGCUUGAGUAUUUUGUUAAUUCUUCUUUACUUCUAUCUCCAACCUCUGCAUCCCAAGCGCAGCUUCUUGUGCAGCCGGUUGCAGUUGGUCUUUCAAUUGGGCUAUUUCCAGUUCCUAGGGACCCGGAAGUCUUUGUUCGUAUGCUGCAAUCUCAGGUUCUUGAUGUGAUACUUCCUGUCUGGAACCACCCAAUGUUUCCCAAUUGUAGUCUGGGAUUCAUUGCUUCCAUUCUUUCACUUGUUACACAUGUAUACUCUGGUGUUGGAGAUGUGAAACGAAAUCGUAGUGGCAUUGCGGGUACCACAAACCAGAGAUUCAUGCCCCCACCACCUGAUGAAGGUACUAUUGCUACCAUUGUUGAAAUGGGUUUUACAAGGGCUAGAGCAGAGGAAGCACUGAGAAGAGUGGAAACAAAUAGCGUUGAAAUGGCCAUGGAAUGGCUGUUUAGUCAUGCUGAUGAUCCUGUACAGGAGGAUGAUGAAUUAGCUCGGGCACUUGCUCUGUCACUGGGAAGUUCAACAGAAACAUCUAAAGUUGAUAAUGUUGACAAGUCCAUGGAUGUCCUGACAGAAGAUGGGCAGACGAAGGCACCCCCUGUUGAUGAUAUUCUUGCUGCGUCAGUUAAAUUGUUUCAGAUCAUUGAUACUAUGGCAUUUCCAUUGACAGAUUUGUUUGUUACUCUUUGCAAUCGGAACAAAGGAGAAGACCGUCCAAUUGUGACAUCUUACCUUAUUCAGCAGCUAAAGCUUUGCCCAUUGGAUUUUUCAAAGGAUACCAGUGCAUUGAGUAUAUUAUCACAUAUUAUAGCAUUAAUUCUUUUUGAGGAUGGAAGUACACGAGAAAUUGCUGCAGAGAAUGGUAUUGUAUCCGCUGCGAUAGAUAUUUUGACUAACUUUAAGGCUAGAAAUGAAUCAGGGAAUGAGCUUUUGGUCCCAAAAUGCAUUAGUUCUUUACUUCUUAUCUUGGAUAACAUGCUGCAGUCCAGGCCCAAAAUUUUUUCUGAGAGUACAGAUGGAACUCCAGCUGGGUCUCUGCUGGACUCUUCUGGAGAACAUGCUUCCUUGUCAGUUCCUGCACCAGUUCAAGAGAAAAAAUCAGCUUCAGAUGCUCAAGAAAAAGAAUCUGGUUCAGCAUUUGAAAAAAUAUUGGGGAAAUCUACUGGUUAUUUGACUUCUGAAGAGUCUCGUAAGUUGCUGUUAGUUGCUUGUGACUUGAUAAAAUUGCAUGUCCCUGCUAUGAUCAUGCAGGCUGUUCUGCAGUUGUGUGCGCGCUUGACAAAAACACAUUCGCUAGCUUUGCAAUUCCUUGAAAAUGGAGGCUUGGCUGCUCUUUUUAGUCUCCCAAGAAGUUGUUUUUUCCCUGGAUAUGACACUGUUGCAUCUACUAUUGUCCGGCAUCUCCUUGAGGAUCCUCAGACACUGCAAACGGCUAUGGAAUUGGAGAUACGACAAACUUUGAGUGGAAACCGGCAUGCUGGGCGUGUUUCUGCACGAACUUUUUUGACAUCAAUGGCACCUGUUAUCUCUAGGGAUCCUGUGGUUUUCAUGAAAGCUGCUGGUGCUGUUUGCCAGUUGGAGACAUCUGGAGGUAGGACUUUUGUUGUGUUAUCAAAGGAGAAAGAGAAGGAGAAGGACAAAUCAAAGGCAUCUGGUGUUGAAGCUGGAUUAUCUUCCAAUGAAUGUGUACGGAUUUCUGAAAAUAAAACACAUGAUGGAUCAGGUAAAUGCUCUAAAGGCCACAAAAAGAUCCCUGCCAAUCUCACUCAAGUAAUAGAUCAGCUUCUUGAUAUAGUCUUAAAAUACCCUUCUCCAAAAAUCCUGGAAGUUGGUGCAAAUAAUUCCAUGGAGGUUGAUGAACCUGCAACCAAGGUUAAGGGUAAAUCGAAGGUUGAUGAGACAAUGAAAUCAGAGUCUGAAUCUGAAAGGUCUGCGGGGCUUGCAAAGGUGACCUUUGUUCUGAAGUUAUUAAGUGAUGUUCUUCUGAUGUAUGUACAUGCAGUUGGGGUUAUUCUUAAGCGGGAUCUGGAAAUGUGUCAACUCCGGGGAUCCAACCCUCCAGAUAGUCCUGGAAAUGGUGUUGGAAUACUUCAUCAUAUUUUACAUCGGCUACUUCCACUCUCUACUGAUAAAUCUGCAGGACCUGAUGAAUGGAGAGGCAAGUUGUCUGAAAAGGCUUCAUGGUUUGUUGUAGUUCUGUGUGGCCGUUCUGGUGAAGGUCGUAGACGAGUAGUUAAUGAACUUGUGAAAGCCUUAUCCUCAUUUUCAAACUUAGAGAGCAAUUCCACUAAGAACAUAUUGCUGCCAGAUAAGAAGGUUUUUGCUUUUGUUGAUUUGGUGUACUCUAUUUUGUCCAAAAAUUCGUCAUCCAGCAACUUACCUGGUGGUUCUGGGUGCUCACCAGACAUAGCAAAAAGCAUGAUAGAUGGAGGAAUGGUUCAGUGCCUGACUGGCAUUCUUCAAGUGAUUGAUUUGGACCAUCCUGAUGCCCCAAAAAUUGUGAAUCUCAUACUUAAGGCAUUGGAAAUUUUAACAAGGGCUGCUAAUGCUAGUGAUCAAAUUUUUAAAUCUGAUGGAAUGAACAAGAAAAAAACCAUGGGGCUAAGUGGAAGACCUGAUGACCAGUUAAAUGCACCAUCAGCUGUUCAGGCUGUGGAGCAUAAUCAGAAUACAGCUGGACAAGAGGAAGUCAGAGAUGUGGUGGAAAAUGAACAACAGAAUCAAAGAACUUCUCAAGGUGAAGGUAAUCAGGAUGCAAAUUCCAAUGAGCCUGUGGAGCAAGAUAUGAGAAUAGAUGUGGAGGAGACGAUGGCUACAAAUCCACCUAUGGAGAUUGGGAUGGAUUUUAUGCGUGAAGAGAUGGAAGAGGGUGGUGUUUUACACAACACUGACCAAAUUGAGAUGAAUUUUCAUGUUGAGAAUAGGGCAGAUGAUGACAUGGGUGAUGAAGAUGAUGACAUGGGUGACGAUGGUGAGGAUGAUGAGGAUGAUGAUGAGGGGGAGGAUGAGGAUGAGGAUAUAGCAGAAGAUGGUGGUGGCAUGAUGUCUUUAGCUGAUACAGAUGUGGAAGACCAUGAUGACACAGGCUUGGGAGAUGACUAUAAUGAUGAGAUGAUUGAUGAAGAGGAUGAUGAUUUUCAUGAGAAUCGUGUCAUAGAGGUCAGAUGGAGGGAAGCCCUUGAUGGGUUAGAUCAUUUGCAGGUACUUGGUCAACCUGGGGCUACAGCUGGUCUAAUUGAUGUUGCAGCUGAACCUUUUGAAGGAGUUAAUGUGGAUGACCUUUUUGGUCUUCGCAGGCCUUUAGGUUUUGAACGCCGUCGUCAGACAGGUAGGUCUUCCUUUGAGCGAUCUGUUGCAGAAGUAAAUGGUUUUCAACAUCCUCUCCUUUUAAGACCAUCCCAGUCAGGGGAUCUGGUCUCAAUGUGGUCAUCAGGUGGGAAUUCAUCCAGAGAUGUAGAAGCUUUGUCAUCUGGGAGUUUUGAUGUAUCUCAUUUCUACAUGUUUGAUGCUCCUGUUCUUCCAUUUGAUAAUGUACCAAGCAGUCUCUUUGGUGACCGGUUGGGUGGUGCAGCACCCCCUCCAUUGACUGAUUAUUCUGUAGGCAUGGACUCCUUGCAGUUACCUGGACGAAGAGGGCCUAGUGAUGGUCGGUGGACUGAUGAUGGUCAGCCACAAGCUACUGCUCAAGCUGCUGCUAUUGCACAGGCUAUAGAGGAACAGUUCAUUUCUCAAUUGCGCAGUAUUGCUCCUGUGAACAGUCCUAUUGAAAGGCAGUCCCAAAAUUCAGGAGUGCCGGAGAAACAACCAGAUGCCCCUCCAUCUGAUGACAGUCCGGUAGUAGCGGUGGAUGGUGCUAACACCAAUAGUCAUCAAAGUGAAGGGCAGCCUCAAGAAAAUGGUGAUGAAAUCACACAUCAUCAAGUUAACCCUACUGUUGAGAGUGUAACUUCUGGAGAACAAGUUAAUCCAGAAUCCAUUCUUGAACAUGCAGGCGAACUUUUACAGGCACAUGAACCUAUGUUAAUCCAACCAUUUUCACUGAACACUACGCCAAAUGUGCAUGAUAGCAUGGAAAUUGCUGAAGGAAAUGGCACUGCUGAUGUGCAGGUGGGGACAAUGGCAGAGUUUGUCAAUUCAUCUACAGACUUUCAUGCUGAUCUACAAUGUGAUGGGGGUUCUGAAGCAGAUGCGAGUCUCCAUGAUGUUCCAGUUCAGGCCACAGGUUGCGAUGGAUCUUCAAGAACAGAUGAUCAGGCCAGUACUCAUGGUCUGGCAGUUUCUGGAUCACAGAUGCUUAAUUCAGAUGAUUGUCCUGCUUCUUCUGUUCGUGCAAGUGUUGAUGUUGAUAUGAAUACAAUUGAUGCUGAAGGAAAUCAAUCUGAGCAACCUGUGCCUGCAUCCGAAGAUGGUACAGAUGAUCCAUCAUCAGGGCAAAACACACUGCUUGCUAUGGACAAUAAUCAGGCUGAGCAGACUAGUGUGAGUAGUGAGGUGCCUGGCACUAAUGCUAUUGAUCCCACCUUCUUGGAAGCACUACCUGAAGAUCUUCGAGCAGAAGUGCUAGCUUCCCAGCAAGCUCAGUCUGUUCAACCUCCAACUUAUGCACCGCCUUCGGCAGAAGAUAUUGAUCCAGAGUUUUUAGCUGCUCUUCCUCCAGAUAUUCAGGCAGAAGUUUUGGCCCAACAAAGAGCUCAGAGGGUUGCACAACAGGCUGAAGGACAACCAGUUGACAUGGACAAUGCUUCAAUCAUUGCUACUUUUCCUGCUGAUUUGCGUGAAGAGGUACUUCUGACUUCAUCAGAAGCAGUUCUGUCUGCAUUGCCCUCUCCAUUACUUGCUGAAGCCCAAAUGCUAAGGGACCGAGCAAUGAGUCAUUAUCAGGCUCGCAGUCUUUUUGGAAGCAGCCACAGGCUGAAUAAUCGGAGGAAUGGGUUGGGUUUUGACCGACAGACGGUGAUGGACAGGGGUGUGGGAGUUACAAUAGGCCGGAGGGCAGCUUCUGCGUUUUCAGAUGGCUUGAAGGUGAAGGAAUUUGAAGGCGAGCCACUUUUGGAUGCAAAUGCAUUGAAAGCUUUGGUUCGGCUCCUACGAGUAGCACAGCCCCUUGGCAAGGGCCUCUUGCAGAGACUCCUGUUAAACCUUUGUGCACAUAGUGUCACAAGGGCAACUCUAGUUCGUCUUUUGCUUGAUAUGAUCAAGCCUGAGGCUGAAGGUGCAGUCAGUGGAUUGGCAACAAUUAACACCCAGAGGCUUUAUGGUUGUCAAUCAAAUGUUGUUUAUGGUCGAUCGCAGUUGUUAGAUGGCCUCCCUCCACUGGUCUUGCGUCGAAUUUUUGAGAUUUUGACAUAUUUGGCUACUAAUCAUUCUGCUGUUGCCAAUAUGUUGUUCUACUUUGAUCCCUCACUUGUUCCUGAGACUCUAAGUCCAAUAUGUAUGGAAACCAAGAAGGAUAAAGGGAAAGAGAAGAUUGUGGAAGGAGGACUUUCACCAAAACUUUUGGGAAACUCUCUGGAUGGGGAUGUUCCAUUGAUACUGUUCCUGAAGCUUUUGAAUCGACCACUUUUUCUUCGCAGCAAUGCUCACCUUGAGCAGGUUAUGGGUCUGCUGCAAGUAGUUGUUUAUACUGCAGCAUCAAAAUUAGAUUACCAGCCUCAAUCUGAACAUGCAACAGCAAAUGCCUCAGAUUUGUCAGUGAAUGAAGCUUCUGCUGAUGUCCAAAAAGAUCCUCCCAUAUCGGAACCAGAGUCUAAGAAAGAGGAUAAAUGUGCUGGUGCUGACUCAUCCUCUUCAGAUGGAAAGAAGAGCAUAGAUACAUAUAAUACUUUUUCUCAAUUGCCACAAUCAGAAUUGCGCAAUCUGUGUAGCAUUCUUGGUCGCGAGGGGCUUUCAGAUAAAGUUUACAUGCUUGCCAGUGAGGUGUUGAAGAAGUUGGCCUCGGUUGUUUCAUCCCAUCGAAAGUUCUUUACAUCAGAGCUUUCUGAAUUAGCCGAUGGGUUGGGCUGUUCAGCUGUUGAAGAGCUUGUCACUCUGCGGAAAACGCACAUGCUAGGUUUGAGUGCUGGUUCCAUGGCUGGUGCAGCAAUCCUACGCGUGCUACAAGCACUUAGCUCACUAACUUCACAUAGCAUUAAUGAGGGUGCAGGACUAGAGAGUGAUGGGGAGCAGGAGGAGCAAGCUAUUAUGAAAAAGCUGAAUAUUGCACUUGAUCCCUUGUGGGCAGAAUUGAGUGAGUGUAUAAGUGUGACUGAGACACAGCUGGGUCAAAGCUCCUUCUCUCAGACUGUGUCAAAUAUAAAUGUUGGGGAACAUGUCCAGGGGAACUCUUCAUCUCCUCUUCCUCCUGGAACCCAGAGACUCUUGCCUUUCAUUGAGGCUUUCUUUGUUUUGUGUGAAAAGCUACAAGCAAACCAAUCCAUCACACAGCAAGAUCAGGCCAAUAUAACUGCAAGAGAAGUUAAAGAAUCUGCUGGGAGUUCAUCCUCUUUCAUCAUUAAGUGCAGUGUAGAAUCUCAAAAGAAGCUUGAUGGUGCCGUCACAUUUACAAGGUUUGCAGAGAAGCAUCGCCGGCUCUUGAAUGCUUUUAUUAGACAGAAUCCAGGUUUACUAGAGAAAUCACUUUCUAUGCUGCUGAAGGCACCAAGGCUGAUUGAUUUUGACAAUAAGAAAGCGUAUUUCCGAUCAAGAAUUAGGCAGCAGCAUGAGCAGCAUCUCUCUGGCCCACUGCGGAUAAGUGUUAGGAGGGCUUAUGUCUUGGAGGACUCAUACAAUCAGUUACGGAUGCGUUCGUUUCAGGACCUGAAGGGUCGGCUGAAUGUGCAAUUUCAAGGUGAAGAGGGUAUUGAUGCCGGAGGUCUGACAAGAGAAUGGUAUCAGUUACUUUCAAGGGUUAUAUUUGACAAGGGAGCAUUACUUUUUACUACAGUGGGAAACAAUGCUACAUUCCAACCAAACCCCAAUUCUGUCUUCCAGACAGAACAUCUUUCCUACUUCAAGUUUGUGGGCCGUGUGGUUGCCAAGGCACUCUUUGAUGGGCAGCUUUUGGAUGUUUAUUUUACUCGAUCAUUCUACAAGCACAUACUUGGUGUAAAGGUGACUUACCAUGAUAUAGAGGCAGUUGAUCCUGAUUACUACAAGAAUUUAAAGUGGAUGUUGGAGAAUGAUGUGAGUGAAAUUCCCGAUCUGACGUUUAGCAUGGAUGCGGAUGAGGAAAAGCUCAUUCUGUAUGAGAAAAAUGAGGUUACUGAUUAUGAGCUUAAGCCUGGAGGAAGAAAUAUUAGGGUUACAGAAGAAACAAAACAUGAGUAUGUUGAUCUUGUUGCUGAACAUAUCUUGACCAAUGCCAUCCGUCCUCAAAUCAAUUCCUUUUUAGAAGGCUUCAACGAAUUGGUACCACGAGAACUGAUUUCUAUUUUUAAUGAUAAGGAGCUUGAGCUACUUAUAAGUGGACUUCCAGAAAUUGAUUUGGAUGAUUUGAAGGCCAACGCCGAGUAUACUGGCUAUACAGCAGCAUCUAGUGUUAUCCAAUGGUUUUGGGAGGUUGUCACUGCUUUCAACAAGGAAGACAUGGCAAGACUGCUGCAAUUUGUCACUGGAACAUCAAAGGUUCCUUUGGAGGGUUUUAAAGCUUUGCAAGGUAUAUCUGGUCCUCAGCGAUUUCAGAUUCAUAAGGCCUAUGGAGCUCCUGACCGUUUGCCCUCAGCUCAUACAUGCUUUAAUCAACUUGACCUUCCUGAGUAUACCUCCAAGGAACAGCUUCAAGAACGUUUGCUGCUUGCUAUCCACGAAGCCAGUGAAGGGUUUGGCUUUGGCUGACCUGAGUUUAAUGUGAUAUUGUGGCCCCAGCAAUGCCAGCAAUCAACCUUUAGAGUUGCCAUUACAUAUAAAAGGCUUAUUGGCCCAAGUCGUCAAGAAUAAAAAAGUAGGACUUGGACCGCGAAAAGUUUCUUGAAAGCAUUUUUGUUUCAAGCAUUUUUGUUCCAUUGAGGCUGGCAUUCGGUGCUUCUAUCAAUCUAUAUAUUCAACAGAUGAUGAUUAUGCUUUUAAGGAUUGGUGGGCUCCUCAGUUACAGUUGGCUAGGAAAAUGUUGUUUUUUUGGAUUUUUGCCAUGAAAACGAGUAUUGGGGGAGUGUACAAAUGUAAUAGAUAAAUAUUUCAUUGUUCAUAUUAGGUUUUUUUUCUUGGGUUCAUUUUUACAUUAUUUAGCAUUGAGCUUUAUCCCUAGCUGCCUUAUAUAUUAGUUUCUGUAACUACGUAGUAGUUGGUAAUAAGCUAGGAAAUGUAUAUCUAUGGCACCAAUUGUAGGCAAAUUUUUCUUUUGUUUCUUUAAAUGGUAAAUUAUAUCUUCUCAA